AUGGAGAGAAAGGACUUCUAUAAAUGUGAACUGUUUAACGAUAAGGGUCUCAAUAGCCAUCGAGCAGUUCAGGUUGUCAUGUAUUUAAAACUUAUAAUUGGGUUCUUUCUGGUGCUGCUGCAGGGCGCACUUAUUGGAUUUUUAGGCUUUCCAAAGGCCUUCGAUGGGCUACUUCGUAAGAAAAUAAAUUUAAAACCAGGCACACCAUCACGUGUUGUUUGGGAGAAACUGCCAUUUCCCAUGACCUACAAAGUUUAUGUUUUCAAUGUGACCAAUGAGCAUGAGAUAGGUCAAGGAGCUAAGCCCAAAGUGGCAGAAAUAGGACCCUUUGUCUUUGAAGAAUGGAAGGAUAAGUAUAAUAUUGAGGAUAUAGAAGAUGAGGAUGCUGUCAGCUUCAAUAUGCGUAAUACAUUUAUAUUUCGUCCGGAUCUGGGACUUGAUGGGGAACAACUAAUAACUAUGCCCCACCCCUUGCUACAGUUUAUGGCCAUCACUACUUUACACAACUUCCCCGAAAAUCUUCCUGGCCUGGCUAUGGGGCUAGAUCUCUUGUUUAAACCGCAAAGCGCUUUCGUGACUUCAUCCUUCAUGGAUCUUUUCUACCGGGGCAUUGAUGUUAACUGUGCGGACGAGCAUCCUGCAGUCCAAGCCAUUUGCGGCAACUUUCAAAAAGGACUUGUGCCAGGAGCAAUUCCUGUAAAUGCCACCCACUACAAAUUCUCACUUCUGGGAUCGACCAAUCACACAAAUGCUGGCAGGUUCAAGGUAUCUCGAGGAAAGUCCAAAAGUUUUACACUCGGUCAGGUAUUGACUUUUAAUGGCCAGGAUAGACUUAACGUUUGGCCAAAUUCAAGCACGGGUAGCUGCAAUCAAUUGAGUGGCACAGACGGCACCAUCUUUGCUCCAUCCAAGCGUCUUUAUAAGAAUCUUUGGAGCUUCUCUGCAGCACUCUGCUGUUCUGUCAGUUUCCGUCUAAGUGGUCGCACGAUCUACAAUCAUCUUCCAGCUUUGCGUUACGAUCUGGAUUUCAGAGAGCCUAAUAUCUGUUGUAAAUCCUCUAAAAACUGGAUUAGUGGUACUGUGGACCUUGAGAGAUGCACUGGCACACCCAUGUUGGCGUCUCUACCGCAUUUCCUCAAGAGUGACUUGCCGCCAGACAGAUUGGUGGACGGAUUAAUGCCCAACACUGAGAGUCAUUCGAGUGGAAUGGUUUUUGAGCAGAUAUCUGGCACAGUGUUGGCAGUCCACAAUCGUCUGCAGUUCAGUCUACAAGUUGAGCCAGUUCCUCAAGUUUCCGUCAUGUCCAAGCUGAGGGCUCAAGUCAUGCCUUUGUUUUGGAUUGAGGAGUCUUUAGAGUUGAAUGAAAUGUUUGCCAAAAGCUUGUACAAACAGAUAUUCUUACCCAUGAGCAUCAACAAUAUAUACCGCUGGAUCUCGAUUGUGAUUGGUGGCUUGGGCCUGGCAGUCGGCAUCUUUCUCAUGUAUAGGCAACAAACUGCCCAGAGAGUAGGUGCAAAUUGA